CAACAUGGAAAAUAAGCCUAAAACAGUAAUGAUGAUGAUAAAGAGUUGACCAUUUCAGCAGAUGAAAUAAGUACAGUGGUAAUAAGUACAGUGCUUUUUACUAAUUACUUUAGGUGUCUACAUAGUUGUGAGCAGACAUAGACAUCCUGUUGAAUCUCCCACUUUUUGACCCAGUGGCACAGCUGGAGAGAGAAAACUGCACUAAUACUCAGCUGGUACUCAUUUUCAGCUUAGACUAGAUCAACAUGAAAUGCCUUGCUCAAGGAUGCAAUGCACUGCCCUGUCCAAGAACUAAACUCAUGACAUUAUGAUUGUGAGCCAAACAUAUGAACUCUUAGUGUCAGGAGGCGAAUGAAUUUGGUGUACAAAUAACCCAAUCUUCAAAAGUUCCUUUUUACUAAAGCAUUUUCAUUCUGUUGAAGAUUUCUUUAUUUGAUGAGAAGUUGAUUAUCUUUGUACUAAUAUUUCUAAGUUGUUGAGGAUAUUUGAAGGAUUUUAGAAGCUCAGUUUGAGUACUUCAGUAUGUUUGUUAAAAGGUUUUUUAAGUUUUCAUAUCUAAAUUGAGUCUGAUGUUUCAAGAAGUUAACCAUCUUACAGUUGGUACUUACAGUUAUUUUGAGUCCUAGCUGGUCAAAGGUACUUAUCAGUUCUUCCUUAAAACCAUCUAGCUGCUUCUAGACAUGUUGUGUAUCCCUAUGUUGUAGUUACUAAAUUUACCCUUUAAAUUUAAUAACUGCUAUGUUUAUUUAGAUCAGCUGUUAAUAGUGCACACUAUAGUUUGGCAGUUUUGUUGAUUUCAAUGUAUGGAGAUCAGUGGAUUAAGAAUAUCUUAAUUGCAAAACAAAUAGGUGUUGGUCAUAGGAAGGGUAUCCAGCCACAGGAAACUACCUCAAUAAAUUUUGUCUACUCCUUGCCAGCAUGGAAAAAAUGAACGUAACAAUGAUAAUGAUGAGUAUCUUUCUUUUCAUCUUUUGGGGAAUUCUUCUCGUACAUUAAUGAAAUAUUGAGACUAAAGAUGGCAUCUGUCCUGAGAUUUUGGAAGUUUACUUAGUGGAUAAAUGGAAUGUACCAAUAAUGAUGGCCUCUGUUUAUAAUCAGCUGAAUAAACCAUCAGAUGAUAAUUUGUGUGACUCAUUUACUGAAGAUUUCAUUUAAAAUUAAGACUCACCAUAUUUAAUCAAGCAAUUUGAUUUUGUCAGUGUUUUGUAGUUCCUAUUGUGGUAUAAACAUGGAGAAGAUAUAUCCUUGUCAAAUUUGUGGCAAAAUAUUUCCUAGAUAUAUUGAAUCAUCUGAAGAAAACUUCUCAGAUAUUAAAGAAGAAAUAAAGCUAUUUUGUGAUAACUGUUGGGAUUCAAAUUCCCACAACAACAAUUCAUUGAAACACUCAGAAACAGCUAACGAAAAUGAAAUUAAUCAUAAUACAUAUUCUUGUAAAGUUCUUGAUACCAAACUCUUAAAUGGUAAACAAUCUAACAUAGAUAAUGUAUAUAAAUGUGAAGUUUGUAACAAAUUCUUUGUUCAAAGUAGUCAUUUAAUUAAACAUAAAGAGACACACUCAAAAGAAAGACCUUAUGGUUGUGAAAUUUGCGGUCAACAUUUCACUCAAAAAAGUAUCCUGUUUCAACAUAAACGGACACAUACUGGAGAAAAACCAUAUCAUUGUAAAAUUUGUGGAAAUAAAUACUCUUCCAAAAACUAUCUGAAUGUCCAUCAACGGAUACACACUGGGGAAAAGCCAUUUCACUGUGAAAUUUGUGGUAGAAAAUUCCCCACAAAUAGUUCUUUAUCCACUCAUAUUCGAAUUCACACUGGGGAGAAACCUUACCGCUGUGAAAUAUGCGGGAAAGUAUUUUCUAGAAGCACUAUCUUGGUUCAACACAAAGUAAUUCACACAUUGGAAAGGCGAUAUCACUGUGAAAUUUGCGGUAGGAAUUUCUCUCGAAAUAGUGAUUUGUAUUACCACAAGCGGAAACAUACAGGGGAAAAACCGUUUAAUUGUGAAAUCUGUGGGAAACUGUUUGUUCAAAAAAAGGAGUUAACUUCCCACAAACGUACACACACUGGAGAAAGACCGUACAAAUGUGGAAUCUGUGGUAAAACAUUCUCUCAGAGCAGCCAUCUAUCUGGUCAUAAACGAGUUCAUACUGGUGAAAAGCCUUUUACUUGUCAAAUAUGUGGUAGAUCAUUCUCACGAAAUAGUCAUUUAUCUAUACACAAGCAAUUACACACAGGAGAAAAACCUCAUCGUUGUGACAUUUGUGGUAAAUCAUUUUCUAUAAAGAGUUAUCUGUCUUUUCAUAAACAGAUUCAUACUGGAGAAAAGCCAUUCCGCUGUGAGACCUGUGGUAAAACUUUCGCACGAAAUAACCAUUUGUUAAGUCAUAAAUGGGUACACUCGGAAAAGAAACCUUAUGGUUGUGAUACUUGUGGUAAAGCAUUCCAGGUAAAGAGUUCUUUACGUAACCACAAGAGGAUUCAUACUGGGGAAAAACCAUACCAUUGUGAGAUUUGUGGUGAGGCCUUUACCCAGAGUAAUAUUUUAGCUAGUCAUAGACGAACACACACAGGGGAGAAACCCUAUCACUGUGAAAUCUGCGGUAAAAUGUUUUCCCAGACCAGUAUGUUAUCUACCCACAGACGAAUUCAUACAGGAGAGAAACCUUACAGCUGUGAUAUUUGUGGUAGAACAUUCUCUGUAAAAAGUACUUUAUUAAGUCACAAGCGAAUCCAUACUGGGGAGAGGCCAUACCGUUGUAAUAUUUGUGGUAAACAAUUUGCCCAAAAUAGUCAUUUAACCAGUCAUAAAUGGACACAUGCUGAAAAAAAGCCUUUUAGUUGUGAUAUUUGUGGCAAAUCAUUUCUACGGAAUGGUGAUUUACCUAGGCAUAGGCGUAUUCAUACAGGAGAGAAACCGUUCAGCUGUGAAAUUUGUGGCAAAUCAUUCACCCGUAACAGCCAUUUAUCAAGCCAUAAGAAAGUACACGUUAAAAAUUUGUUUUAGAGUGACAAAGUAGUGUUUCUUUUUAUAUCAAAGCCUUAUUCUGCCAAGCACAAUUGUUGAGGAAUUUACUAUUUGUAUAUCAUUUAAUAUCAAAGAUCUUUCAAACGUAGUGCCUUACUACAAUUUCAGUGAUUAUCAAACUAAAAGUUUGUGAUUGAACAGCCCUGGCCUAUUCUGAUUUAGCAGAGGUAUGUCAUAAAGGUAGUUGGUUGAACAUCUUCAUGUGACCUAUAAAUCUUAUACUCCAGACAUCCAUGGUUUUGUUUUGUAUAGAACUGUGCACAUUCAGCAUGUUCAUCUCUGUGGUCAGUAUUGAAUCUUCUAAAAUCUGACAAGCAUUCCAGCCAUGGUCAUCUCAUAUUAAGACACUGUUACCAUUGGUAUCAUCAACUACUACAUGUAUUAAUGUGAGACCAGAUGAUGUAAAUUAUACCCAUAAAAAAAAUACAACGAUCAAUUUGGUCAUUGAGUUUCUUGUUUUGUGAUAAAAUUUUCUAAAUUUCUUAUAAAUUAAAAUUUUGUGAUAAAAUUGUUUUUUUAUAAAUAAA